AUGGCUGCUUCCUCUCCACCCUCGGCCGUCAGCCUGUGGGGUGACAAACGGUUCUCCGAUGCCACCAUUGUCAUGGGACAGAAGGUCUGGCAUGUUCACCGCUGGGUCAUCUGCCAGCAGUCGACGUACUUUGCGAAAGCGCUGGAGGGCGACUUCAUGGAGUCCAAAACCUCGACUAUCAACCUCACGGGCAGCCCCUUCCUUGAGGAACAGGUCGACGGGCUGCUGAAAUACCUCUACUUCAACGCGCUGGAAAACCGCCAGAAGAAGGACCCCAUCGCGACAUUCAUGGUCGCUGACUACUUCCAGGUGGCGUCGCUCCGCACCAAUGCUGCCGAUGAGCUCGGCACAAGCCUUCAAUCGCUCACCCAGAAGAAGUGGUUCGUCGGAUUCAAAGAGAUCUGCCACAUCGUGCUUGGCCAGCACGCAGGUACCCACCUGGAGCAGACCGUAGUCAAGAUCAUAGCCGACAACAUCCAGAUGGUCAUGCAUGAGAGCGGCGCGUGGGUUGAGAUGACUGACGCAUAUCCGGGCCUGGCUAAGAAGGUCCUCGAGGUCAUCUACCCCAAGCCCGUGCUGGCCGGCCCCGUCAAGCGUUCUGCGGGUGCUGCCUUUGACGAUACUCUACUGCGGGCACGUGCUAACAAGAUUCUUUCCUCUCGCAACCCCAAUUACCCGUACUAA